AGGCGGUCGGAGUAAGACUGUGUGGUGCGAGAUGAUGUGAGACGGGAGCACAGCACCCCCUGUUAGUCCUCAAACCUUUUUGCACCUUGCACUGAAAAGCCGUGGCUGCCUCUCUCUCCCCCCUCCCUAAGCAGCAAGUACCACAGCUCCCAGCGUCAUCCGAGGAGCCGCUACAAGAGGCAGGGCCGGGACAGCCGCUGUCCAGAGGUACCAAGCACAUCUCCGUGCGCCGAUGUUGCACUGAUCCUCGCCGCUCCGGUCCGGAGCCCGGGCUAACUGUUCCAACUCCUCCCGGGCUCGCCCGGAGCCUCGGUGCCCCUGACCCAGCGGAGACGGGGCAGGAUUUAAGGCGAAGGGGGCGGUGAGUGCUCUGGGAGCGGCUCUGUGUGGUCGGUUGUCUGGGCGCCGGCUCGCCCCAUCCAGGAUGUCGCGGCUGGAAGGUGCCUGAGACCGGAGUCACUCGGUCCGUGUACACAGGGGGGGUUGGGGGGUGCAGGCAGAGCGGCCGGAGCCCGGGACACCCCCCGACCGUUGUCAGAGGAAGCAGGACACCGCUGGGUGCAGGGGAGCGGAGCGCAGAGUGAGCGAGAGGUCCGGCGGCACGGUCCGAUCCCACCGCACGGCCCCGGAGCACAGAUGCAUUUUCGACUCCUUUCUCUGGCGCUGCUUCUUCUGAACUGCAUGGAUUAUGGACACGGCCUGAAGCAGCGAGGCAAGCGGAGUAGGAGAGCGAACACUGGACUGUACCCAAUCUGUAAGGGCUGUCUCCUUUGUUCGAAGGAUAAUGGAUGCCUUAGCUGCCAACAAAAGCUGUUCUUUUACCUCCGACGACAGGGGAUGCGUCAGUUUGGUGAAUGCCUCCACUCCUGCCCCUCGGGGUACUAUGGUCUGCGGGCACCGGAGAUGAACAGAUGUGCAAGAUGUAAAAUAGAUAAUUGUGACACAUGUUUCAGCAAAGAUUUUUGUACAAAGUGCAAAGCUGGUUCUUACUUGCACAAGGGGCGUUGCUUUGAAGAAUGCCCUGAAGCAUUUGUACCAUUGCAAGAGCACAUGGAAUGUGUGGAGGGUUGUGAGGUUGGACCAUGGAGCAGCUGGGGAACCUGUAUAAAGAACGACAAAACAUGCGGCUACAAGUGGGGGCUGGAAACCAGGAGACGGCAGAUUGUGAAGAAGCCAGUGAGGGACACGAUUCCCUGUCCGACCAUCGCAGAAUCCAGGAGAUGUAAAAUGGACAAGCGGCACUGUCCAGGAGAGAAAAAGCAGAGAGCAAAAGUGAAGGGAGCGGGCAGGAAGAAGAAGAGAGCUCGUGCCAAGGAACUCAAGCAGUUUGUGGCACUGCAAACCACAGAGAGUACUGACCUGUAAAAAGGAUGAACCAUUUAAUCCACAAAAUGCAUCGAGCUGCUCAUCCUUCCUGCACUCCUGGCAGUUGUGCUGCUUUUGACAAUAUUAGUGGCAGGUAAUGAGAGAGGGAGAGGGAAAGUCCGUCAGCUUUUUUUAUUUAUACAUCAGUCGUUUGCUGUUCCCUGUUUGACCUGUACAGAACAGCUUGGUGUGGCAAAGACUCUUACAAACAUCACUGAAGGCUGGUUGGUCCAACAAGUUGGCAUUAACAUAAUUUCAAACAUGCAAGGUUAGCCCCUGCUUGUAGAGCUGCCCAGAGGUGGAGAACAGGAUGUGUUUAUUUAUAUGCAGGAAGACUUUUGAACGCAGGACCGGGACUGUUCAUUACAUGGAGUCUGCCUUUUCAUUUGUCCUACAUUCCAGGAAGACCCCCCAUGUGUACAAGCACUGCCGAGCUGCAUUGUUACGCAGGGUAUGGCACAGGUCCUAGAGACAUCAACAAUAUAAAAUGCUUUAAAGGCUGUAAUUGUAUAAUCCAAGCAAUGACUGUCCCCUCGUUGCUUGACUGGUGUGUACACAGUGCUGACUCUAUCCAUAAUAAACUUAUUCACUGUAUAUAUAUGCACUUUAAUUGUUGACAGUCUGCUUCAUGGUAGCUGGUACUGCUUCCUCUUCUCUCUGAUAUCUGUAUUUUGGGAUGUCCAGCAGUGUGUGUCGAAGGAUGUGUCUGUGACUGCUUCUGAUUCCUGCUCUAAUG